GUGAGUGCUGAAGGAUUCGCAAGAGCGGAUGCAGCGGCUUCAAGGGAAUUUGCUGAAAUGGAUCCACAGAGUGAACAAGAAUUACACAAUCUCCAAAGGGAACUUGAAGGCGCUUUUAACGUGUUUGUCUCUAAUCGUCUAGAACUGUUCGAUGACUUGGAAAAAAUCGCUGAUGAGGGUGAUAGAAUGAAGAAAGGUUGUGCAAUCUCAACUUUUGCUGGAAGCGGGGUCGGCGUUGCAGCUGGGUUAGCUUCCAUAGCCGGUCUUGCUGCUUUUACACCAUUAGCGGCCGCUGGCGGUGUAGCGGCGGGCGUCGUAAUCGGAACAGACAUCUUUCAAUGUACGAAGGACAACGAAUUGAGAAAUGAAGUAAGACGUCUUCUUGAAAGAGAUGCUGAACAGAUCGACGAAUUGAACCGCGUCUAUCAGAUAAUCACAGGAACGGAGCUGGUCGUUCGAUUAUUAUCAUGA